UCAAUAAUCGCCAGCCGACCCGUCACUCCCCUCUUUACUUGAGGAAACCCCAAGGUAAACUUUGGGAAGACAGCUGAAAAGUUUUUAGCGACUGAAUGUAGUCGUUUAAUACAAUAAUCGCUGUAAAAUGAACGACAUGACAUCUGAAGCAACACGGGGAAUGAAGUCUUCGCUUUGACGUGCAACGCAAAGUACAAAUGGACAGGACGCGGAGGUUCAUUUUGGGAAUACUAGCUGUUGUCCUAUGCAAAUACUCCCAAGCUGAAUGGAAUACCACAAAGACACCAGCGAAUAGGACUGUGUCCUGCGAUCACCAUGACAACUGCACAGAUUCAAAUGAUGACCACAUAUGGAGUGGACACUUCUCCAAAUGUCCAAAAGAAUACAAGCAUUACUGUAUCCAUGGUGUUUGCCGUUUUGUAAAGGCGCAAAACACUCCUUCAUGCAGAUGUGAAACGGGAUAUAUUGGCACUCGGUGUGAAUAUCGUGAUCUUGAUCUCCGUGUUGAAGAACGAAAGAAAAUAGUCAUCGCAUGUGUGGUGGCAGGAUUGGUCUUUCUGAUUCUGCUCAUCGUAUUCAUAUGCGUCUGUACACACAAACGAUAUAAACCAUGUAGAAAAAAGAAGAGAAAAAAUGAAACAAGUGACGAAGAUGAGAAGCUCAGUUCACUAAACACACAUGAAGCUUUAACUGCUCCAGUCGACACAUCCGACACAAAUGCUGUAUGAAUGAAACAGUGAAGUGAUCCUGCCAGGGUUGGUAAUGGCGUGAUUGUGGUGUGGAAAUGAGGACUCGUCCCGCCGAGUGAUGAAAGCGGUGCUUUACAGUAAUCCUGAGUGGACUUUAAAUGAACUUUGAAGAUAUGGUGUGAUAGGCAACCUUUGCCAUUUUCUGUGCUACUGUUUACCUCAUUCUUCAUGCCACAACUCAUUUUCACACUUUUCAAAAGAAAAGUUGGAGAUGAACUGAAUGUAUAUGCCUUCAGAAUGGCUGUAAUGAAUAGGUGAAUUGAAUAGGUGGCGUGCAAUAUGCUGAAUGCAAACAAAGCCAAUUUAUAUUGGUUUAAUUAUAAGCCUAUUUAUAUUGCAUAUGAUGCACAGAAUAUUAAAAAGGUUACCAUAUAUUAGGUUUGAUCGAUGCUAAGAUAUUAAGUUAAAUUGUUAUAUUGACAGUUUCAACGGUUUCUGGAAGCAGUUCUCCCGACAUUAACGGACCAAAAAUUUUUCUUAACUUUGAUUUAUUUAUUAACAUGUACAUCGAAAAUGUUUUGGGUUUGUUUGGUGUUAAAAGAGUAUAUUUUAAAUGAUGAAAUUACCAUUAAUGUGUAGUUUUUGUCUUUGAGUUUUUUUUUGAG